GCUGCUUCUUCCGUGACCCACUCGCGCUCCUCCUCCCUCGCGAUCUCCCGAUCCCACUACUCCCUGUUCUGUGGCUCUAAAUUCCCAAUUCCAACCCUAAUUUUCCUCCUCGGGAUCGGCGGGAAGAUUCGGAGAUCGAGCUCCGAAGACAGAGGAGGAGGACACGGCGGGCGCCGGGAAGAUGACGCGGCGCUGCUCCCACUGCAGCCACAAUGGCCACAACUCCCGGACGUGCCCUAACCGUGGCGUCAAGCUCUUCGGGGUGCGGCUCACCGAUGGAUCCGUCCGGAAGAGCGCCAGCAUGGGGAACCUCUCCCUCCUCGCCGGAUCCAGCGGCGGCGCGUCGCCCGAGCCCGGAGGCGGCGCCGCGGCGGACGGAUACGCGUCGGAGGAUUUCGUCAAGGGGUCGUCUUCCAGCUGCCGCGAGCGAAAGAAGGGUACUCCAUGGACUGAAGAGGAGCAUAGAAUGUUUUUACUUGGUUUGCAGAAGCUUGGCAAAGGUGAUUGGCGUGGCAUAUCACGUAACUAUGUGGUAUCAAGGACACCGACUCAAGUAGCCAGCCAUGCGCAGAAGUAUUUUAUUCGUAAAGCCAAUAUGACAAGAAGAAAGAGAAGAUCAAGCCUCUUUGAUAUGGUUCCUGAUGAGUCCCUUGAAUUUGAGCAGUUUCCAGUGAAUUUCAAAGACUCGGAAACACAAAUUAAGAAUCUACCUUUGAUACCUCCAACUCUGAAUGAGGAAUGUGAAUCCAUGGACUCUAAUGACUCAAUGACCGGAGAAGCAGGUGCCCCACAGCCAGAAGCUCCACAGUGCAGUUAUCCUGUGAUACUUCCAGCUUAUUAUUCACCAUUUCUACAAUUUUCAUACCCUUAUUGGUCGGGAUACAAAGCAGAUGCUUCAGAGCAGCAGACCCAUGAAAUUAUUAAGCCAACAGCAGUACAUUCAAAGAACCCCAUAAAUGUUGAUGAGCUUGUGGGUAUGUCCAAACUGAGUAUAGGAGAGUCUGGUGGAGAAACCACAUCUUCACUGGACUUACUUGGAGGGUCGAGGAGGCAAUCUGCUUUUCAUGCUAAUCCAUCCACAAAGGCUCAGGCAUGAUCCAACUAUCCAGAUGGUCAACAAGUCAAGGUGCUCUGCUGUUGCGAGUGCUAUCAUGGGCUCCAGAAGGCCUUGAUCUUCGAGUCAGCAAACAUUUGGAUCCAUGUGUGUCUAGUCGUCUGCUACUGAUAACCAUAUCAGCCACUCGAUAGCUCUUAGGGUUAAUAAUGUACAGUUCAAGUGCUUAAAGUAGAUAUUCAAAGGGAGGUCAAUGCAAGGCACUCGACAAACUUGGAAGAUCAAGUUAUAUGUACAAUAUUCUUUAACAAUAUGCUAGCAUAUCAGAUGCAUCGUUGAGCGGUUGUCAUCAUUGUCAAAUAUCAAUAUUCAGCUGAGCGGAAUCUCAUAUUAUGUGCUGAAGACAGUCGUUAGCAGUAUCAAAAUGCAGGUUUUUUUUA